AUGUGGUAUUCUGUUCAUCAGCAACAACAGCAGCAGCAGCAGCAACAUAGCUGCUAUGGAUAUGCGCGUCAUCAUCCAUCUCACCAGCAACAACAACAACAACAAACUUAUUUAAGAACUUCAUAUUAUUGUAACACUGACGAAUUAUCGACUACUUGUGUGGAAGCAAUCAAUGAUGAGAAUGAUUCAUCGAACCAUUGUCAAACAACUUACAGCGGCAGUGCUCACGUUACUACUGCAAACUACUACGUGACUCCUUCAUUCAAUCCAUAUGGUGAUGAAAUGUCGUCACAUCAAACAGCAACAACAACAACAACAACAACUCGAAAAACGUAUUGGAACCCUGUUAUCGUUGCUCCAAAUAGAAAUAUGAAUAUGCUCACACCUUCAAUGUCAACUGUUUCGUCUUCUUCGUUAUCGCAUACCUCGUCGUGUUGGGACUGGUUACUAUAUUCGCCUCAAUACUAUUCCGAAUUUUAUACACCUUCGUCGACAUAUACUCAGCAGCAGAAAUUCGAUGAAGAAGAUGAUAAAGAAAACGAUCAUGAUUGGAGUUUCUUGACGAGUUUACCUACAUGUUUGCUCUCUCUUCUUUGUCUGACACCACAAUUAAUUCAAACAUCGGACGAUGAGAAUGAUAGUGAUCAAGAAAUGAAUAUUGUUCAUUCAAUUGAUGAAUCAUCUUUACUGCUCAAUCACGUCGAUGCAACAAGAUUGAACAAUAUCUCGUCAAAUCUGCUCUUGUCGUCGAUCAACACUACGAAACCAAAUGUAAAUCGUUCACCAACACCUGAAACAGAUGAUGGUUAUCAAUCCGCUAAUGAUGCUAGUCGAAGUGAUUAUUCUCAACCAUCAUCUGUCCCGUACGAUCAUCAUAGUAGUAAAGAUGAUAUCUCCAUCAACGAACAUUCUUUACCUAAACCAUUAAUGCCUCGUCGUAUAUCAUACGCAGCUGCAGCCAAACCAAUCACUACCACCCCUAGCCCAACAACGAAAAUUUCAUCAUUAUCGGCAGCGGUUAGUAAACCAAAACAAACAAUCAAUAAGAUAUUAACAGGUAUAACAACUACCAAUGAUAUAUCGAGCACUAAUGGUCAAAAAUCGAAAUUUAUCGCACCUCGUUUCGAACGUAUGCAUCAUGCUAAACAGCACUCGUCAUCAUCAAUAACGACAAUCGUCAAACCUUCGUCGACAUCAACUGCAUCUAAUCGUACACAAACACGUUCGACUAAUAUUAAUAAUAAUAAUAAUUAUCAUCAACGUAAUCACAUGAUGAAUUCAACACGACGUCGUUAA